AUGCCUGUUCACGGUUUAUUCGAGUCGUUGCCCUACAUACCCACGAACCGAAGCCUCCUCAUUGGCAUUGCCUGCCUUAUCGUGGCGUCCACCCUUCUCGUCAUCUUGGUCACAACCAUGACAAGGCAUGAAAGCCAUCACAGAGACACAGCCAGAACCCACGGGCAAAACGUGGACGCCAGCGCCAGCCCGUCUUCUAAGACCCCCUUACCAGGCACAUCCGAGCACACGCAGAUCCGGGCAGAUUUCCCCGAGGCGGCCCACCUUGUCGACAGACCUCGUACGGCAAGACUUCUAUCUCCCUCACCGAUCCCCUGCCCGCACCUGACUCCGGCCACGAGCUCCGUCGACGGGCGGAAGGGGUCGACGGCGACGUGUUGGUCGGACGGGACAGACGAGGAUUACACCCCGGGCUUCCAGCACCUGGAUGUCCCCUCGUCACUGCUUGUCGGUGUCGGGGACCAGUUUGGCGGGAUAGGCUCUGAGAGGACUGCUAGCAAGGGGUGGGAGUCUGGCGAACUCGGUUGCUGUGUGAUCUAG